AUGAAGGCGCUUAGAGCUGGGUCGAAGGAGGCCGCCUCCUGUCCGGCCAUCAUCUCUGUUGCGGGAGCCACGGUGGAUCUCCCCCCCGAACAGUGGAGGCUGCUCGCAGAGGAUAAGCAUCCUCUCACGGCCCGUCUGUUCGACUUUAUCACCGGGGACGUGGUCGACAAGAAGAGCUCGAACGCGAGCAUGCUCAUUAUGCUACACCCCGACCACUUGUCGCUUGACGGCGACGAGUGGAACACGCGGUUCGUUCGCGUUGCUAUUCCCACUGGUGGUGCGGAACACGUCACCGCGGCUGAUGCGAUUGUGGAGUGGUUUCAGGGUCGCGUCGACGAGGAUUUUGCGCGCGGCUCCAUUCAGUGCACCCGCUCCCGCCAGCUUAAGGAUCCCGAGCGUCUGUUGGAUCUGGACGCGACGUCAUUCCGCGGCUCAUGCGGCAACAUCGCUUGUCUGUUCGCGUUCGACAAGAUCAUUGCCCAGUUGGACGCGGUCGCUGCCAGUGGAUCCGGGCCGCAAUUCUCGAGGCCAACCGCGAAGACUCUGAAUGCACUGAGGCAUGAGGCGUACCAAACCGCCGAAGAGCUCGCGUUCAACUUGAGCGUGGAUAUGACGCGACCCAUGCACGGCGGUGAGGCUGAAGGGGCUGAAACGGGGAAGGUGCAGAAAGUGGCUACGGGUGCGCAGGUUGCUGACCAUGGUGUUCUCGCUCUCACAGGUGCCGCUGGUGUUUCGAACCGCGGAGGUGCUCGAGGGGGGACGGUGGUCCACGCUGAUGACGACGUGGCCGAGGAUACCGCGACAAAGGGUGCAACCCGCGAUGAGGCUGACCUCGCUGUUGCGCGUGAGGGGGAGGAGUCGAGCGAGGAGGAGGCGGAGGCACAUGUGGUAGCGGCCGUGGCAUCCAGUAGGCCCACUACAUCCGGCAAGAGCAUCAAGCACCUCGCGCAGCACUUGGCCCCCGGUGCUGGAAGCGCGGGCCCGAGGGGUGAGGUCGCGGGCAAGAGUCCCGUGACAGGUCCGCGUGAUCACGCGUCCCUGUCCUCGUUGCCAUCGCAUAAGCUUGCUGCCGAGAUCCUGCAGCUCGACUGCAGGCUUGCAGCGCUGGCCGAAGAGAACGCACAGCUGAAGAAACGCCAGGAGUCGGGGGUUGGUGGGGUCGCGGUCGUGGGCUCUCACGAGCUUGCGUCCGCGCUUGAUAAUGCGGUUCGGGUGUUGAAGGAAGAGGCGAGGGCGAUCGCGCAGGAAAGAGCGGCACUGGUCGAUACGCGUAACCAGGAGGCGUUGGUGCUGGGGAGAGUGGACGCGAGGCUGGGACAGCUGCAGGGGGUGGUGACAGACUCCAUGGAAGCCGCUCAGAAGAAGCUGACGGACGAGGUUGCGCGGAAGAUCGACAACAUGUCGACCGCGGUCUCCGCGACAGCAGAGCGGGCGAUCACCACCAGCGGGGUCACGAACGCGUUGCACACCCUAAUCGCGCUCGUUGGAGGAGCCCCCCCGCCGCGCACGGAUAAUGAAGGAGCGGCCGCGACGGAGAUUGCCGAGAUCGGGGAUGCAGAGCAUGGAAAGCGGGCAGCGGUUGCAAAGGCGGAGAAUCAAAGGGGGGCGAAGAGGCAGAGAGGUUCCCAGGCAGCGGCCGCGGUGCGCAAUCCGAGCGUGCAGGACAUGCUGAAGCAGAAGUGGGGCGCUGCAUCGCGAGGUCCAGCACCGCCUGGUCAACCGGGCUCGAGCUCGCGCUCCAUCCCACAUGGAGAAGCUGCACCCAAACCACCGGGCCCUGCCGGGGCAACCGCGACAGUGACAAGUACUGUGGGUCGGGGCAAGGGUAAGUCGGAGGAUGGAGAGGCGCCGGCUGCUGCGGCAGAGGGCAGGCAGACCACGCUCGCACCCGCUCGUGCUGCAAUCGCCGCGGGACAUCUGCACAGCGCACUGGCAUCUGCAGGUCCUAUCGCGGCCUCGGUCGAGGGCAAGGCGGAAAAACGCGGACGGGGUGGCAAGAAGUUGCCCACUCCACCCGUGUACACGAUCGACGAGGACGAUGCGGAUGAGGAGCUGGAGGGUCUCGUGAGCAGGUGGGUCGAGGCGGGCGACGGAGGAGAGAAGGGUGGGGAGGCCGCGGUCGACAUUUAUAGCGCCGGAGAGAGCGCGGACGAGCAAGACGGAGACGCCGUGAUCGUGGAAGGUGGCACAACGGGAGGACAUGGUGACACCGCCCCCAAGCGCAAGGGCUGCGGCAUCCGCGCUCCACCCAGGGGCGGGCCCGGAUUGGUUUCUGAACCCCAUCUAGGGGGGAAGAAGCGAUGGCUCGGACACGGCGACCUCGAAGACCUGCAGUACAAGACCGCGAUCGCGAUGUAUCCCUACGACGGGAAGGUCGACCCCGGGCUGAAUUUGAGCCAGAAGCAGAUCCGAGAAUGGGCCGCGGACCUGUCCAUCGCCGAGGGGUUACAUACGGGCCUCUUAAUCACCAUGCACUACCGCAACCUCGUGGCAAGCAAGGACAGGUGGCACCGCAUGUUCGAUUCCUAUCGCGGGCUUACCAAGCCCGGAAUGCACACCACCAACGUGAUUGCAUGGGCCGCGGUGGUAGGCAAGGAGGCUGCAUCAGAAGAAGCGGAUCUCGGCGACGUGGAGCCGACGGACUACGCGGGAGCGAUCGCAUGCGCCAUUGCAAUGGUGUGGGAGGUCACUCGCGGUUCUAACGUCACUGCCGCGGCGGAUAAUGGAAACCUGGCUGCGCGUGCAGCAGGUUGCUAUGGAGAGCGAAGCCGUCUCUUCCCCGUAGUAUCCGCGUACGUCAUCAAUGCGGUGCGGAAGCGCAAUAGCCGCGAGGAAGAUGAGCCACAGGCUGUCCCAGACCCGAAGGCGGUCGCCGCCGCGAUCGUGUCCGGAGUCGUGAACGAGGUCAUUGCAAAGUCUCGCGAUCUCAGGCACAUCGAGUUGGCCGCCCGCGAAACGGUGGACGUUAUCAUCACCUGGUGCGACUGCUCGGUGGCAGGGAAGCAGAUGGAGUCCUUGGGUUUGUACCUUGCCCUGCCAAAGGAUCGUCUGAAGAAGCGCACUUGA